CAAUUCUCCUGCCUCCACCUUCUGAGCAGCUGGGGCUAUAGUCAGAAGACAGAGUGCAGUCACAGAGAGAACACCGAGCCUGACUGAGGGACACAGUGGCCAAAGAGGCUUGGUGCUUGUGGAUGAAGGGCGAUCGGCAGGGACACAGGUGCUGAGGACCAUGGCUGAGGCCAUCACCUAUGCAGACCUGCGGUUUGUGAAGGCUCCCCUGAAGAAAAGCCUCUCGGGUCGGUUAGGACCGGAGGCAGAGGACUACGAGGAUGGAGAUGGGGAACUCACCUACGAGAACGUACAAGUGCCUACAGUCCCAGGAGGGGUGGCUUUGGCUUCCUCUGGGCUAGGGGAUAAAGCAGGGGUCAGUUCGGAGCAGACGGCUACGUCCUGGGGUUCCGUGACAUCGCGAGCGGCUGCGCGGAUUCUCCCCUGCCAAGCCACCUGUUUGCAACAUCUCCUGCUCGGCCUGCUCCUCACCUGCCUACUGUUAGGGGUAGCCUCCAUCUGCCUGGGAGUGCGCUAUCUGCAAGUUUCUCAGCAGCUCCAGCACACGAACAGGGUUCUGGAAGCCACAAACAGCAGCCUGUGGCAGCGGCUCUACCAAAAAAUAACUCAGCUGGGGCAGAAGGAAGGGGAACUGCAGGAGUCCAAGAAAGAGCUGGCUCAGAGGCAGGAAGAGCUCCAGAAGGAGCAGAAUGUGCAUCAGGUUGCCAGGGACCAGCUGCACACCUGCCAGGCGGACGAGGAGAAGAUCAAGGAGACCUUGCAAGGGGAGCAGAAGCAGAGAGAGGCCUUGGAGCGGAGGCUGGGCACCAUGAGGGAAACACUGAAGCCCUUCUUCAAAUGCUCCUCAGAAGAUGCCUGCUGCCUGAUGGGAUGGACACUGCACCAGAAUCGCUGCUUUUACUUCUCAUCUACUAAGAAAACUUGGGAGGAGAGCAACAGUCAUUGCACAUCUCUGUCCUCCAAGCUGGCCAUCUUCAGUCAGUCUUCUCAGCCUUAUUAUUAUCAUUAUUAUGUAAGCAUACCCUUAUCUACAGACAGAAGUGGGUACUGUUAGGUAAGGGGAGGUAUGUCAAGUGAGGAAGGGCACUGCACACCUGGCAUGCAGACCAGGCCUUACAUCGCUCUCCCAUAGUGGAUAGUCAUAGUCAUGCUCUCUGCCACUAAACUUGGAAAUAGCCUGCUCUUAGCCCUGUGCUCCAGGUGGCUCCUACUGAUUGAUUACAGUUGGCAUGAGAGUGGAAACUCCUGCCUCAUCUCUGCUUUCAUUUAUGUCUUAGCUUUCUGGUCAGCCCUCUGGGCUUUUUAAUGGUUCUUUGACUCUUAUGGUCUUUCAGACAAAUUCCAGCCCUGGGAGGCUAGGGGAAGAGACUGGUUCCCUGGAACAACAGCAGUCCACAGAACAACUCCUAUACAGGGGAUGGCAGAAAUUGCUACUCAUUUGGGAGAUGUGUUAAAGGGCGUCACUUGCAAGAAGCAGGGACAGCUCACUGGUGAGCUGUCACAUAUCAACCACUG